AUGGAGAUGGGGCGAACUCUACAGAGCCAUGGGCAUUAUUGUUGGUUAUUAUUGUUGUUGUACAUCUUGUUGUUGCUACUGCGAAGAUUGUUGUUGUGGCUAGUGGUUGUACAUUCCAUGGCCGAAGCAGUAAUGUACAAUGUGGUCGACUUUGGAGCCAAACCAGACAGGGAGACCGAUUCCACCAUGGCAUUCCUUAAUGCUUGGGACAAAGCUUGUGCCUCUUCCAACCCUGCUUUAAUUUACGUACCACAAGGUAGGUUCUUGGUUGGAAAUGCCACCUUCAAAGGGAAAUGUAGCAACAAUGCUAUCUCCAUAUCCAUUGAUGGAACAUUGGUUGCUCCCUCUAAUAUCUGGCUCAUCUCCAAAGCCAGAAACUGGUUGGUGUUCGAGUAUGUCGACGGGGUUUCAAUUCGUGGUGGGGUACUUGAUGCCCAAGGCAACACCUUGUGGGAUUGCAAGAACUCAGACGAAAGUAAUUGCCCUUUAGGAGCCACGACACUGGAAUUUGCAAACUCCAACAACAUUGCUAUUAGUGGGUUGACAUCGAUUAAUAGUCAAAUGUUCCACAUAGUGAUAUAUGGAUGUCAGAAUGUGACAGUGCAAGGCGUUAAGGUCAUGGCAGCCGGAAACAGCCCUAACACGGACGGCAUACAUGUCCAAAUGUCCUCCGAUGUCACCAUCCUCAACUCCAAAAUUCGAACCGGCGAUGAUUGCGUCUCCAUCGGCCCCGGCACUUCUAACUUAUGGAUAGAAAACAUUGCAUGUGGACCAGGCCAUGGAAUAAGCAUUGGAAGCUUAGGAAGUGCUUUGAACGAACCUGGAGUCCAAAAUGUGACAGUUAAAACGGUUACAUUCAGGGGGACUCAGAAUGGUGUUAGAAUAAAGACAUGGGGGAGACCCAGCAAUGGAUUUGUGCGGAACGUCCUUUUCCAAGACGCAGUAAUGGUCAAUGUACAAAACCCCAUUGUAAUUGACCAAAAUUACUGCCCAGGAAACAAGGAUUGCCCUGGUCAGGCCUCUGGAGUCAAAAUCAAUAAUGUCACAUACCACAACGUUCAUGGAACAUCAGAAACCCAAGUUGCAGUGAAAUUUAAUUGCAGUUCUGAUUAUCCAUGCAGCGGGAUAUGGUUGGAGGAUGUGAAGCUCACUUACAAUAACCAAGUUGCCCAAGCUUUGUGUAACAAUGCCGGUGGAGAUGCGUCCGGUUCAGUUCAACCGGAGAGCUGCUUGUAA